AUGUCGUCCACACUGGUAGCGUCGACCGUCAUGUCGCAGGUCACGGACGCGGCUGCGACUCCGACGCAGGAGCCGUCCAAGACAACAGUGCACGACAAGGGAUAUCAGACCGAGAACGGCAAGAAGACAGCGACGACCACAAUUCCAGCGACCAAGGAGACCAUCACGUCCACGGAAGGCUUCGGGUACAAGUAUAACUCGGGCUUAAUCGUCCGCGUCGCCAUCGCUGCCGGUAUUAUCGUCAUGGCCGUGCUCGUCAUCAUUCUCUUCUUGAAGCGACUGCGACGAGAGACCAUCUUGUCGGCGCAGCUUGAGGAGGAGGAGAAGAAGCGCGGCUUUGAGUCUGCUGCUUGGUCGGACACACCAGGACAGGCGCCCGUGUUCCCGAAUGCGGCGACUGAGAAGCGGCCAUGGUGGAAGCGGAAGAAGGCUAAGGGUCUCCGCGGACGUGGGCAGAUGAAUGCGUACGCAGUGUACGAGUGGGAAGGAGUACCGGCGUAA